UUAAAUUUUUAGCAGUGAUUGUUUACUAGACUUUGUAUGAUUGACGCCUUCCUAAAACCCUAAUUAGUUCUGAUUGAUGCUGCAACUGAAUUCUUAGGCGCCGAUCCACCUAGUAAUUUCCAUCUCAAGCGGGGGAUCGAUUUUUAGAAGCAUUCAACUGUUAUUGGUUGAUAUAGUGCGCCAAAGCGCCACCGGUCACGGCUCUUCUUGCUCUGAUUUGCUUGGGUUGCCUGCUGGUAUUUCCGGUGUUCGUAUGGAGCCUCGCCUCGGCAACAAGUUUCGCAUAGGUCGCAAGAUUGGAAGCGGUGCCUUUGGGGAGAUAUAUUUGGGUACUAAUACCCAGACGAAUGAGGAAGUUGCUAUUAAACUCGAAAACACCAAGACAAAGCAUCCCCAGUUAUUAUACGAGUCAAAAAUCUACAGAGUUCUGCAAGGAGGAACUGGAAUUCCAAAUGUGAAAUGGUAUGGCAUUGACGGUGAUUAUAAUGUCCUAGUAAUGGAUUUACUAGGACCAAGUCUUGAAGAUAUGUUCAACUUAUGCAACCAAAAACUUUCUCUAAAGACUGUUCUGAUGCUCGCAGAUCAGAUGAUUAAUAGACUGGAGUUUCUACAUUCUAAAUCAUUUCUUCAUCGAGACAUUAAACCAGAUAAUUUUCUUAUGGGUGUCGGAAAGCGAUCUAACCAGGUAUAUGUCAUUGAUUUUGGCCUAGCCAGGAAGUAUAGGGACAGUUCAACUCAUCGACAUAUUCCAUAUAGAGAGAACAAAAACUUGGCAGGGACAGCAAGAUAUGCGAGUGUGAACACUCAUCUUGGCAUUGAACAAAGUAGGAGGGAUGACUUAGAAGGCCUCGGAUAUGUCCUUAUGUACUUUCUAAGAGGAAGCCUACCAUGGCAAGGUCUUAGAGCCGAAACAAAGAAGAAGAAGUAUGAGAAAAUUAGUGAGAAAAAAGUUGCCACAUCAAUUGAAGCUUUGUGUAGGGGAUUUCCUUUCGAGUUUGCUUCAUACUUCCAUUAUUGUCGCUCAUUGCGAUUUGAUGAUAAGCCUGAUUAUGCAUAUAUUAAGACAUUGUUCCGUGAACUUUUUUUUCGUGAAGGUUUUCAGUUUGAUUAUGUAUUUGAUUGGACUAUAUUGAAGUAUCAACAGCAGUCAGAAAUAGUUGGUGCCCCCCCACGUGCUAUUGGUCUUGGUGCUGGUUCAGGCUCUGACAUGGUUCCUCCUUUCACUAAUGUUAAGCAGUCAGGCUGUGAGGAAUGGCGAGCAAGUGAUUUGUUUAAAGUAGAUCCUUCUCAUUGUGUAGAACUCACACCUCCAACUGCAUAUGUUAGCAGCUUGGCAUAUCAGAAUGCUCCAGUAGCUAAUGAUCCAUCUGUCAGUAAGGAUGCGCCGUUUUCCAGUUCAAUUUCUUUGGGACGGCCAAACAAGUGCUCAAGGGGAGCUGCUGUUUCUGGUAGCAGAAAUAUGGUUGUCUCAGACGUGGAUCAAUCCAAGAGUCAAAUUGCAUAGGCCGUCUUGAGGAUUUUUAGUAAACUUUCAAAUGGCCAGAGAAAUGUACAAACAAUUUCUAUGGAGCCAAGACAUACUUUCAGAAGAGAUCUAUCCUCAAGUAUCACGAAUCCACACAAGACUCUAAAUGUUGGACAGUGAGAAAAUGAAAUAACCAACAAGUGCCGACAACUCUCAGCAACAUCUUUUAUGUUCGUCAAUACUCUCUUGUAUAUCAAAGAAUUCUCCAUCUCGUCUCUUUCGCAUCAAUUGUUAACCAUGCAAAUUGAUAUUAAUUUAGAAAUUUCUUAUGUUUAUAUACUCGUAAAACCAUCAUUUUUGAAGCCUUGAUUACAGGCUGACACGAGAAGCCUUCUGUAUAUAUAUCACUGAAUUGACAUUUUAUCAAAAUUCUUAUCCGAGUUGAAUACUA